AUGCGUGGUUAGUUGAAACUUUCAAAAUAUCGUUUCCAACUUAUAAUAUUUUGAAGAUUCUCUAAGAAAAAGUUCAAAUCCUCAAUCAACUGAAAGAAAUGAAAAAACUGAAUUAGCUGGAUAUUCGACACAAGAAACUACAAAAGUUGAAGCUUCUUCAAAUAUUGAACAAUCAGAACUUCCAAGUGGAAGAGUUGUCGAAUCAGAAGUUGGAACAUCGAUAAUUGAAAAAGAAUCGAAGCACCAGAAAGUGAAAGAAAAAGAAAAGACAAAUGAUUUGCAUGAUGAUGCUUUUAUAAGAAGUAUUAUCAUAAAUGUAAGUUUUUUCUGAAAUUUCGAAAAUUGAAUAUAAUUUUUCAGGCUAUCGAUAAUGUUGUCGGAGAUGCUGCUUUUACUCCAGUCAAAACUGCAGGAUGGGCCAAAGAAGUCAGUUAGAAAUAAGUAUAUUUUUUUUAAAAAUUCAACAUCCAAUUUUUCCAGAUAGUCAAAACAAUCACAGCAGAACUUAUGAAAAAUGGCGAACAACGCAAAUUCGUUGUUCAUGCCACUUUAUUGCCAAUUGGAGAUGGAAAAUCGAUGAGUUCUGUAACUCAAUGUUAUUGGAAUGAAUUGCAAGAUAGUAGGUUUUUUAUUCAUCGCAUGGGAUUAACAUGUAUUUUUUGGCCCUCAGUUUGCUGUUGGUAUACUGUACUGACUUGUGCAAUUGCGCGUCACCGUAUUGCGCGUCAAACAUGUCUCGGGUCUCUUCAUUUUGAGCGCUAUUUUUCGAAAUUGGUCUCGCCACGAACCCCGAAACGUUAGAACGGCACUCAUCCGCCCCUCCAAGGCUUACUUCCAUGGAACAAUUUUUCCUUACAAGGGAACCUUUUUUACUCAACACUUCAAAUCAUGAUGAAAUUUGGUCCAUGGACAGCUUUUGAGACCAUAAGAACACCCUAAAAAUUUUAGUCUCCCAAUCGACCUCUGAGCCAAGUUCUGGGCUCUCAAAAACUCAAAAAAGGCCUAAAAAUGGUCAUAAAAGUCAUCAUAGCUCCAUUUCAAAAUUUUUUUUUUGGAGAAAUGAAGUUUCAGAUAUUGAUCAGCAUAGUCGAUUACCUAAAAGUCAAUCAAUAAAAAACUUUAUUUCGAAAAAAUUUGAAGUUUUUUAUUUUUGGGCUGAUAAUUCAUGAAAAUUCAUAUGUGCCCCUGCUCAUUCUUUUUUUCAAAAUCAAAAAUUUUUCUGAAAAUUCGAUUUAUUGAUGGUUUUUGGGUAAAUCGACCACGCUGAUCAUCAUGUGCUACUCAGCUUUUCAUAAAAUUGAUCGAGAAUUGAGUUAUAACGUGUUUUAUGGGCCAAUUUUGGCAAUUUUCGAACUUUUGAGAGCCCAGAACUUGGCUCAGAGGUCCAUUGGGAGACUAAAAUUUUUAGGGUGUUCUUAUGACCCCAAAAGCUGUCUCUGGACAAAAUUUCAUCAAGGUUUGAAGUGUUGAGUAAAAAAGGUUUCCUUGUUAAACAAUUAUCCAAUUACUUCCCCUUUCAGAUGCUCAUUUUUAUCGCUGGCAAUCUUUAUCAACAAUUGGUCUCAUCAAUAUUUUUUUCAUGUCUCAUCAUUUGUCUCGAGCAAAAAUGUGCACAAUUUUGUAG